AUAUUGGCCAUUCGUAUUUUGGACCUUUUAAUAUUCGAAAAUACGACCCGAUUCGGAAUGUGUUUGGUUCGGUUUGUAUUUUUUUGUGGUCCGGUUCAGAUUUCGAGUUUGGAUUUGGAGAAAAGCUUGUGUUCGAAAUUCUAGUGUUGUAGAAUUGACUGUUGAAGUCGUCUUCUUCUCUCCGGCGAAACUGGCACACCAAUAUUGACUGUAGAAUUCUUCGGCUAUUUUGGAGAAAACAGUCACGCCCAGUCGCCCAGAUGGUUGGAGUCUUGGAGAUGGAAUUGGGCACUAGUGGAGCUCUGAAAGUUUUGAUUAUGCAUUUCAAAUGUUCGAUUCUGGAAACUAAGAGCUGGCGACAAGAACAUGGGAACAUCACGGGAUUUUUAAUCUGCGGUCAAUCAAUGGAUUCAGACUUGUGAAAGUUCUCGUCUUUCGAUAUGGUUGCAGAGUAUCGGUGGCUAUCUUUCACUGGUUCUCAGCGCAAGAAGCUAAACGGACAUGGAAAUGACAAUGUUGCGUAUUUGAAUGGGUAAAAUAGUUGGACUUUGUUUGUUGAAGUUAUGUAACUAUUUUGAUAAAAUUUUGUUUGUAUUCAUUAAAUAGGGUUUAACUUGAUCCUGUAUAAAGAUAAGUGUGGUUGAUCUGGUCAACAUUGUUUAUAGGUGCUUGAAAAUAGUUCUCACUAAGUCCCUCUGUGUUUUUGUUUUGGCUUUCUUACUCUGUUUGCUUCUUAAAAUAAUCUGAAGAAGAUAGUUUUUGGAGAGGAAAAAAACCAGAUGGGGAAGAAGAGGAUAGUGUUCUUUGCUUAUUUGCCCUUUUUUACCAUCUUUAUGAGUUUUAGCUUUGCAGGGAUAACCAAAGAGAGUCCCUUUUCAAUUGGACAAACUCUCAGCUCCUCUAAUGGUGUUUAUGAAUUGGGAUUCUUCAGUCUUAAUAACUCCCAAAAUCAGUAUCUCGGAAUUUGGUUCAAGAGUAUCAUUCCCCAGGUGGUUGUGUGGGUGGCUAAUAGAGAAAAGCCUGUUACAGACUCUGCGGCAAAUCUCGGUAUCAGCAGCAAUGGUAGUCUUCUGUUAUCUAAUGGCAAACAUGGCGUUGUGUGGUCUACCGGAGAUAUUUUUGCAUCUAAUGGGUCUCGUGCAGAGCUUACAGACCAUGGAAAUCUUGUUUUCAUAGACAAAGUUUCGGGAAGGACUCUAUGGCAAAGCUUUGAGCAUCUUGGUAAUACUCUGCUCCCUACGUCAAUUAUGAUGUAUAAUCUCGUCGCUGGUGAGAAGCGAGGAUUGACUGCUUGGAAAAGUUACACCGAUCCAUCGCCUGGCGAAUUUGUGGCUCUGAUUACACCGCAAGUGCCAUCACAGGGGAUUAUUAUGAGAGGCUCGACACGUUAUUAUAGAACCGGUCCAUGGGCUAAAACAAGGUUCACUGGAUCACCACAAAUGGAUGAAUCAUACACAAGUCCAUUCAUCUUAACACAGGAUGUAAAUGGGUCAGGAUACUUUUCAUUUGUUGAAAGAGGCAAACCUUCACGCAUGAUUUUAACAUCAGAGGGAACAAUGAAGGUCUUAGUGCAUAAUGGAAUGGACUGGGAAUCAACCUACGAGGGUCCAGCCAAUUCAUGUGAUAUAUAUGGCGUAUGUGGACCUUUUGGGCUUUGUGUUGUAUCAAUUCCUCCAAAAUGUAAAUGCUUCAAAGGUUUUGUUCCUAAAUUCGCUAAGGAGUGGAAGAAAGGAAACUGGACUAGUGGUUGUGUGAGGCGUACCGAACUACAUUGUCAAGGAAACUCCAGUGGCAAAGAUGCAAAUGUCUUCUAUACUGUUCCCAACAUAAAGCCUCCAGACUUUUACGAGUAUGCAAAUUCUCAGAAUGCUGAAGAAUGCCACCAAAAUUGCCUCCACAAUUGUUCUUGCUUGGCGUUUUCUUAUAUUCCUGGAAUAGGGUGCUUAAUGUGGAGCAAGGAUCUAAUGGACACAAGGCAAUUUUCUGCAGCAGGAGAACUUCUUUCCAUUCGUCUUGCACGUUCUGAGCUAGAUGUAAAUAAGCGCAAGAUGACCAUUGUUGCUAGUACAGUGAGCCUGACCCUAUUCGUGAUCUUUGGAUUUGCUGCAUUUGGUUUCUGGAGAUGCAGAGUGGAACAUAAUGCUCAUAUAUCAAACGAUGCAUGGAGGAAUUUUCUGCAAUCACAAGACGUCCCAGGUUUAGAAUUUUUUGAGAUGAAUGCCAUACAAACUGCCACCAAUAAUUUCAGUCUAUCAAACAAACUCGGUCCUGGUGGAUUUGGUUCUGUUUACAAGGGAAAACUGCAAGAUGGAAGAGAAAUUGCGGUAAAACGUCUUUCUAGCAGCUCUGGGCAGGGCAAACAGGAGUUCAUGAAUGAAAUAGUACUGAUAUCAAAACUCCAACACAGAAACUUAGUCCGGGUUUUGGGAUGCUGCGUCGAAGGAACAGAGAAGCUAUUGAUUUAUGGGUUCUUGAAAAACAAAAGCCUGGAUACUUUUGUCUUUGGUGGGUCACUUCUUACCCCUUUCGUGUAGUUUUCCCCUUUAUAUCUGGAAUUUCUUAUCUGAUAGCUUGUAUACUUAGAUGCAAGAAAAAAGCUCGAACUUGAUUGGCCAAAGAGAUUUGAGAUCAUUGAAGGUAUUGCACGUGGACUUCUCUAUCUCCACCGUGACUCACGCCUCAGAGUAAUUCACCGAGACCUGAAGGUCAGCAACAUUCUUCUGGAUGAGAAAAUGAACCCGAAAAUAUCAGAUUUUGGUUUGGCUCGGAUGUUUCAGGGAACCCAAUAUCAGGAAAAAACUCGCAGGGUUGUCGGAACUCUAGGAUAUAUGUCUCCUGAGUAUGCAUGGACUGGCGUAUUCUCUGAGAAAUCCGAUAUCUACAGUUUCGGAGUUCUGUUGUUAGAAAUCAUCAGCGGAAAGAAGAUCUCAAGUUUCAGCUAUGGCGAGGAGGGAAAAGCACUUCUUGCAUAUGUUAGUAAGACUUUAUGUUUUCAUGCAUUUGCAGAGGUUGCAAAAGGUUUGUUGCUUUGAUAUUCUUAAGAGUGGAAACUGAAAAACAGGCAUGGGAAUGUUGGUGUGAAACCCGAGAAGUUAAUUUUUUGGACCAAGCUCUUGCUGAUUCUAGUCACCCAUCUGAAGUUGGAAGGUGUGUACAGAUUGGUUUGCUCUGUGUUCAACACGAGCCUGCAGACAGACCAAACACACUUGAGUUGCUGUCUAUGCUUACCACAACAUCAGAUCUUCCUCUGCCCAAAAAACCCACAUUUGUAGUGCACACUAGAAAAGACGAAUCACCGUCAAAUGAUUCGAUGAUCACUGUCAAUGAGAUGACAGAGUCUGUGAUCCAAGGACGUUGAAACUGUAGAAUUGGAAUUAUUCUCUAUAAGGAUCAAAAUUUCUAAUGGUUGUAAAAUUACAUCCCUUCCUUUAUUAUUCAGAAACUUUUUAUCUA